AUGAAGGCCGUCAUAGGGAUACCGAUUGGAGGGGGAGGUAAACAAGACGGUGGUGGCGGUGGAGGUACUAACGAUAUCAUUAUAGGGGGAAGAGCUGGAGGUGGUAGUGGUAAUGGAGCUUGUAUACAUAAGGGUGGUGGUGGCGGAGCUUGCAAAAACAUUGGGGGUGGUGCAGGUAGUAUUAUUGGAGCAGGUGCAGGCGGUAAAAUCAUAGGAGGAGGCAUCGUAAACGGGAUGUUUGGUGGAGGUAGCAUUAGAGGUGGAGAAGGUGCGGGCAAAAAUAUUGGUGGUGGAGGAAGACAUAACGGAGGAGAUGGAGGAAGACAAAACGGUGGCGCUGGAGGUAAGCACAGCGGUGGCGGCGGAGGUGGAGCUAGCAGCAAUGGUGGCGGAGCAGAUAGAAGAACGAGUAAUGAGAAAGAUAAGUUGGUAUUCCUUGGUCUUCUCCACAAGAGUGUUGAGGGCCCUCACAAACAUAUCCUUGAUCGUGUUGAAGUGGGAAAUGAGAGUAUAACUGUAAGGCCGGUCUUCCGCGCGGCAAGUGAAGCAGGGCUCUGGGAGACGAGGCUUCAGCAAAGAUCGGCUGAGAAGUAUGCUGCUCUGGAACCCAAGAAUGUCAGAUCAGCCAUUGACUACUAG